CCGGCGUCUCCGUUCCGGUCGCGAUUGGCUGCGCGGCGGCUCCGCCUCGGGCGACUGGCGGGCGCGGCUGCCCGUCGAGCGAGCGACCUGCCAACCGGGGCGGGAGGCGGCGCGCCCGUGGCCGGAGCCCGAGCAGCAGGCGGCGGCUGAGGCGAUGGAGUGGAACUCGCUGCUGAUGCUGCUCGAGGCUGCCGAGUACCUGGAGCGGCGGGAGCGGGAGGCCGAGCACGGCUACGCCUCCGCGCUGCCCUUCGAGCGGGCCUGUGCCCGGAGGAGGAGCGCCGCCAGGAAGGCCCCCGGCAGCCGAUCCUCACAUAAUGAAUUAGAAAAACAUAGGCGAGCGAAGCUGCGGCUCUAUUUAGAGGAGUUAAAGCAGCUGGUGCCUUUAGGAGCUGAGAGCACCAGGCACACCACCCUCAGCCUGCUGAAAAGAGCCAAGAUGCAUAUUAAGAAAUUGGAAGAACAGGACCGGAAAGCUCUGAACAUCAAAGAACAAUUGCAGCGAGAACAUCGGUACCUGAAGCGCAGGUUGGAGCAGCUGUCCAUGCAGGGCCUGGAACGCGUCCGCACAGACAGCCUUGGAUCAACGAUAUCAACGGAUUCGGAGCAAGAGGUGGACAUUGAAGGGCUGGAAUUCACCCCGGUCGAAAUGGACAGCAGCGGAAGCGCCAGCGACGUAGAAGACAGCUUGCAAGGCAGCUCAAGCGACAGCGGCUACGCCCGGCCUCACAGACGCAGCAAUGCCCGGCUCCUGUAGUCUCUGCCGCCCGGGUCUCCUCCCUCCCGGAAGCCUUCCCUCCGGGGCCCUCGACCUGCCACCCUUCAGAAAGCGACCCUAGGGAAGAGGCCUCUGUCCCCCGGGGCUCCCCAGGCUAUGGAUAAUACCGCAGUAGAAAUCAUGGGUUGGGAUUUCCCCCUGUAGAUUAGAGAAAAGGUUGGGUCACAGUUUCUUCCCGUGCCCACUACACAAGCCGCUACUUAUUGGGGGGCUUGGUUGAUCUCUCCCAGAAGUUUAGAAGUUCCUCUUUUGAAUAAAUUACUUGGACCCAUUUUGAUAAAUUGUUCUAGAUGUUAAAAUACAAAGGGACACAGCAGGGAAUUAACAAAUUUGUAUAACGUUUAAAAAUGUGGCUUGGCAAAUGACUGGGCACCAGACUUUUAUCCCUGCAGACCUCGGCAGGUGUAACUAAUUCAAAUCCCCUUUUGUGUGUGUGUGUAUUGCCUCCCUCGCAGCUUCUUUGGAUUCUUUGAAAAGGAAAAGAUGAAGCUUUUAAAGUAGAUUGCCAUUUUUAAAAAAUAGUUUGCAAAGACUGCUGCAGUAGGCUCCUUUUGGUCGUUUCGAGACAGGGAGAAUAUGACGUUGAUCUACUAAAAAAUGUGCGUGGUUGUUGUUUAAAAGAAGAAGUAGGAAAGCUGGCCCUGUUAAUCAGGUUAUGUGCAGUGAUGGACCAGCUUUCCUUGUUUUGUAGUAGCUCAUUCCAGCUAUUAGCUACACUCUAGCAGUGUCCUCCCUCCCGGUGGCUUCGGUAGGUCAGACGGCCGGGCAGGAUGGGCUUCCGAUACCCAGAAACCCCCCCCCCCGCCCAUGGAGGCUUUUAGCAAUAGGGCUGCACCAGAAAGUCUCCAGGAUUUGUUCUAGCACCAGCCGCCCAUCCUGCUUCUCCAGAGUUUCAGGUACAGCUUCUUAGAACCAUUGACGACUCAGACUUUCUUCUACACUCAGGGAAAUCCUGAGAAGUUUCAGUGCAAGAAAGGAGUCAGGUAGGCCAAGUAGGUGCACACCUUUAGCGGGCUCAGGUGUGACAUCCAUUGUUGCAUUUGAUCAAGGACCCCCCCUCCCCCUCCCACGGGGGUCCCGGUUUGUCUCCUCUUGCAGGCAGGAACUAUGAAAUAAGCUUCUGGAUCAAGAAAGGCUUAGCUGGAGCUCUUGGUUUCUUGAACUGGAUUGCAGGUAGUCCUCGACUUACAACUGCCAUGUGACCAAUCUGAUUUUACAACCCUUUUUGUGACGGCCGCCAUGAUCACAAAAGAAGUAAAGUGCUGCUUUUUGACAAAGCUGUCCUAAAACAGAGGUCAUGUGACCACGGGAUGCUGCAAACGGACAUAAAUGCCAUGGUGUUGCCCAGCACCCAAAAUCCGGUCAUGUGACUGCAAGGGAGGGGGCACCCUUGGAAAGUCUGGGCCUAAAGUAGCCUCAAGAUAGGUCCAUCACCGUAACCGAACGGUUGCUAAGCGACCAGUCGUAAGAAGGUUAUACAUUCAAUAUUUCAGUAUUUUUAUGGGCGGAUUUUGAAUCUGCCUGACCCCAGGGAGGACAAUGAAAGCAGCCCUGCCCUGCGUGCUCAAGUCUUGUCUUGUUUCUCUAUGUGGAGUUGCCAAUAAACUGAAAGGAAGAAAGUUUAGCUUUAAAUUUCAGUAUGGAUACUGUGAUUUCUAGGAUAUGCUGGCAGUUUUCAGAAUAACAAAAUGCUCUUAAGAUUGCCUCAUUCAUUUAGCAUUCAUCAAGCUUUUAGAAUGUAGUUACUCCACUUGUAGCAAUAUUGCAGAGUUGUAACUGAAAACAGUUUUAAGUUUAGUGAAGUAAUUAGUCUGGCUUGCUGAUAAUUAAAAAUGGACCAAUCUUUGCAUUGAAAAAGGUCUUUUUUAAAAAAAAAAGUGAUAAAAAGCUAUAUACUCUCUAGCCAACUGGUUUAUUUCCUAUAGGUAUAUUUCCUAUAAAAUAGCCUGUAUUGUAUUUUCCUAAUUCUUCUGAACUACUUAAGUAGAGAAAGGAGAUCUUGAACCCAACCAGAGUCUCAGGGACUCUUCAUAUUUAUCAUAUUGUGCCUUGUGAACUAUUUCCUUCCUUCCUUCCUUCCUUCCUUCCUUCCUUCCUUCCUUCCUUCCUUCCUUCCUUCCUUCCUUCCUUUCUUCCUUCCUUCCUUCCUCCCUCCCUCUCUCCCUCCCUCCGAAGCCUAAAUCAGAAUUCUAAUGGUGUCAUUUUGCCUCAGAUGAAAUACUGAGCAUAUUUUACCUUUCCCCAAAUGGGAAAAGAACCCACCCACCCCCAUUCUCAUAAUCCUCCCCCCCUCUUCCUUAGUGAAAUACGUAGUACUUGUGCCUCUGAGAAGUGGGCCGCGAGAAACUCCCCGCGCUCUACUCCAGAAAUUGGUAUCCUUUGACACAUGUGUGUUCGGCCCUAACGGUUCAGCCCCAGCGGUUGAAAUGACCGGGUCCCCUUCAGAGGCACCCAUGGGAGACGGGCCAUGGCAGGCCGAAACGCUGGACUCUGGCGCAAGCCUUGCUCUUUAACCGGAAUGAAUGCAGGAUCAAAUCAGUGCCUUUGGCUACUCAAACCCAAAACUACAAUUAUGUGCUUUUCAGCAUUGAAGAUUUUUAAUCUUUAACAACAGUAUAGCCUGCUAGGAUGGAUGAACUUCACAUUUUGUUGGUUUCUUUAUGUUCAGUUAUAAUUGUUUCCCCUUUGGUGCUACAAAUCAGAAAAUUAGGAAUUCAGUUCUGGCAGCUCAUGUCUCUUGGUUUGCUUCUGAGGAGCUCGGAUUUGUCCUCAAGAAUAUGGUGGAUUAAAUUACCUUUUGUAGCCAUCCCUCCUUUAUCCGUGAGGAGAGCUAUAAGGUUAUUUCUGGCAGCUGCAUUUCAGAUUAAUAAAAUCUGUUACGUUACUUUGCUAUUAUUUAGCAUUAUCAGUAUGCUAAACACUUUGUUGUAUAUUGUGAAGUCCCCGUGGGGAAGGGUAUACAGCAAUAUAAGGAUUGUGUGUGGCUGAUACAGCAGCAUUAAUUACUAAUUCCUUUUGAUUAUUUUGGUUCCAAUUUCCAAAUCAAUGCUUUUCCUUCUAGAGGCUUCAAUAACCGUUAAUGGGGAAAAUGGCUAGUAAUGUUAGUUUCCUCUUACAGUAUAAUAAAUUUACUCAUGGCUUUUAGAAUGUUUGUUUCAUGAAAAGCAAUUCUUGCACAGAACUUUCCUACCGGAAAAAAAAUAAUGGGAGAAUGGAAAAGAGACUUUGAAAAACAUCGUUGACUUUCUGCCAUUCUGAUGUUUUUGAAAACAUGUGUACAGUUUAAUGAACUCUUCCAUGCUGAGUAUCAGUGGCUUUGUAGAUCUUUUAUAUUUUCAAUAAAGGUUAUUCAAUAUUCUGAGAUGAAAA